AUGGAUUCUUUUCGGAAGCUUCGUUUGUUUUUGUUUCUGUUCUUCAGUGUUCUCACCAUCACCUCAGCCACUCCACAGCCACAACCACAGUCUUGUAAUGACUCGCCAUCACUUCUUGCCUGCAACUAUCAUUCUUUUUCUUCUUCUUCAAACUCCAAGUUUCAGAUUCCUGAGAAUUCCACUUUGAUCAAUGAUGACGCUUUUUCAGCUGGACCAAAUAUCAGUUCUUCUAGUCAGAUAGAUUUUGUCCCAGUCCAAGUUUCCAAUGAUGAUAAUGAGAAUUCAGACAACUCAGAGAAUUCAAUCAGAAAAGUUCAUGGAAUAUUGAGUGGAAUAGGUUGGGGGAUUCUGAUGCCAAUUGGGGCAAUGAUGGCUCGUUAUUUGAGAGCAUUUGAAGCUACUGAAUCUUCCUGGUUUAAUCUGCACAUGGCUUGCCAGGUUCUGGCAUACUUAACUGGAACCACGGGAUUGGCUUUAGGAAUCUACAUUGGAAUUAUGAGUGAACAAUUUUCUGUUCACGGCUACAUUGGGUUCGCCAUAUUCUUUGCCUCUACUUUUCAAAUCGUGCUUGCUUUGAAUUACAGGCCUAAGGAAGAUGACAAAGACAGAAUCUUUUGGAACAUUUUCCACUAUGUAGUUGGCUAUGGAGUCAUCGUUCUUGCCAUCUUCGAUAUGUUCAAAGGUUUCUCCAUUUCAAGCUCUUAUCAUGGGACAUGGAAGAAUGCUUAUUUUGGUAUUAUAGUUUCAUUGGGCUGUGUGGCUUUCAUAUUGGAAGUCACUACUUGGUUUCUGGUGUGCAAGAACAGGAAGAAGAAGGAGGAGGAGGAAGAAGAGGAUGAGAAUUCUGAUGACAAUAACAUAUAA